AUGGUUAAACUCAAUCUCGCAACCCUAGUCCUUGCAAUUGCUACCGGUGCUCUUGCAAUUCCAUCAUCUCUCUUUGAACGAGAUGACACGACUUGCAGAGACGACCUACCUGAAAAUACGCUAGCUAACGUCCAGGAGGCCGUUGAAUGCAUCAACUACCUUGCUAGUCUCAACCAGGGUUGUACGGCCGGAGUCUCGGGCGUCUCCUUCUGCAGGCGUGGAAAUACCCAGAUAACGGGCUUAGCCGUAGGACUCCUCGCACACCAGACAGCUACCUCCUCUUGGUAA